CUGAUAGCGCUCUGCUCUAUGGCUGUCUGGCAAACAACAAAACAGCUGAAAUUGUUAUCAUUUUAGACUAGGUGUUUGGUGUUUGUAUUUACUUAAUACUUAAUGUUCGAUGGUAAAGUAAACAUCAAGAUCAUACCAAAAGCAACAUAAUGUCAAACAAAGAGAAGAAAAUCAAAGAAUGAAAACUGCUGAAAAAUCAAAUGUUAACCGACCUAGGAAAAUAAACUAAAAAUUGUUGCCAAAUAGUAUAUACUGAAAAGUUAGACCUACUGACGAACGUCUCAAAUGGAAUCUAGUCAACAGAGUGAGAUAACGAAGAGGCCAUUUCAAUGUACUGUGUGCGAAAAGCAGUUCACCCAAAGCAAAGAAUUGACUUCUCACUUUCUAAUCCAUACAGGAGAAAAAAACUACCAAUGUAACGUUUGCAACAAGUCAUUCACAUCUGGGUUGAAACUGCAAAAGCAUUCGGUGGUUCAUUCGGGCAGACGGUUGUUUGAAUGCGUUCUUUGUAAAAAAUCAUUUUGCUUCAGCGCAGUUUUGAAAACACACCUUUUGACUCAUUUACCUCCGGACAAGAGGCCUUUCCGUUGCGACGUCUGCGGCAAGCAGCUGUCAACUCAGGCGAGCUUGAAGACUCACUCUUUCAUUCACACCGGGGAGCGCCCAUACAAGUGUGACCAUUGCGACCAAGGCUUCACAACCAAGCAAGGAUUGAUCAGUCACAUUGUUACUCACAGCCAGCGGCUGCCAUUUGAAUGCUCAGUGUGCAAUAAAGGCUACAGUACAAGCGAUGGGUUGAAGAUUCACUCAGUGCUGCACACAAAGAAGAAACCGUACAAAUGUGCGACCUGCGCAAAACUGUUUAGUACGGCCGCUAGCCUAAAGAGACACAUCUUGGUGAUUCACGCUGGCGAACGCCCGUUCAAGUGUACGCUGUGUGAGAAAACGUUUAUGCAGAGCGGGGAUUUGAAAAAUCACCUAUUGGGCCACCGAGGGGAAAAACCUCACGCUUGUGGUGUUUGCGGUAAAGCCUUCAUUAAAGUCGGUAACCUCAACGCCCACAUGAUGAUUCACAGUAGCAAACGACCGUACCCAUGUACUGCAUGUCCCAAGUCCUUCUGUCGAAAAGAGUAUCUGGAAAGGCAUAUGUUGAAGAAACAUUGAAACUGACUCUGAAACUGACUGGAGUGCCAUAACGGUAAGUACAGUAAGCCUACUAUACAAUGGUAGUAGUCUGUGAGCUGAAUAGUUUGUGUUUAAGCCGCGUUUACACUAAGCAACUUGUUUUAUAAACUUGACCUUGUGUUUAUACAACUUUAAUUGUACUACAAGUUGUAUGUGCCAAAAAGAAUUAUCAAACAUGUUUAACAAUAGCUUGCUCGAAAACCUUCAGUCACCUUGAUGCUUCAAGUGACGAGGAUCUGUUCUUGGCAGCUGCUGCUUGUGUUGGGAUUGCCUGUGGUAGAAGGAAAAGAGCAAAGCAUUUGUGUACGUCCUUCAUUGCAGGCUAGGAUUAAGUACAGUGGCAGUGAAAUGUCAAAGAUUUUGAAUGAGAUGAUAAAUAUUUUUGUUGGCUGGGGAAUUGCAAAACAUUAUCAUUGUAAUCUCAUCAUCAUGUCAGCUUCUUACGCAUCCAUA